AUCACGUCGGUAUGACAGGAUUUCUAACCUAAGAAUCAUCAACUUUAACGCUAAAUAUCUCGCUUCGCAGGGCAGACCGCCGCAUUUUUCUGCCAGAUUCUUUCGUUUCGUGCCAAAAUGCGUCGAUUGAGCCUAUUUUUAUUAAUUUUUGAGGUGCAGUAGCUAUUCUAUAUAAAUACCUUUUUCCAAAUUUCUCCAAAUGAUUUCCAAACGAUCGGAAAAGAUAAUUAUAAAUAAUUUUUAAUUUUUUUGCCAACUAUUAUACGUUGGUGAAAACAUGCUCCGUGCUCCGUGUGCCGCUGGCUACUUCAUUGAGGUUUGCCAACCAACUAUAAGCUCUCGCCUUGUUCAUUACAAACAGUUACUUACCGAGUUGGUUAUCAUACAGUUUUAAGUUUUGGGCCGUAUUGCGUAUUGCUCUAUGCUCUCUGAAAAGAGGCAAGAACCGUAUCUGGAAUAAGAUCAAAAUUAAAAGAAGAAAAAGAAGAAUUAUCGCGAGUGGUUGCAAGUUGCAAUUGUUUUUUUAUAUGUUUCGUAGUGAUUGUCCAGUAUGACAGACGUGAGAAGUUUAAAAGAAGCUAUUGAGCAGUAUAAAACCCAGUUGUCACAAGUAGACACGACACUGUCUACAAUGCCAAAAGGACCUGACAGAGACAACUUACUUAGCCUGAAAUCUGAUAUUGAGGAGCUCAUAUCUUUGACGAAAGAAAGUUUGCAAACUCUUGAAGGGGAUGUAGAAAACAAAAAUGAAGAUGACAAGAUAAAAGAUCUAUUGGACAAAGAAUAUGCCUUGUUCAAGGCAGAGCUGGAAAACUCAUCAGAUGUCAGUGAAGAUAAACAGGAUGACAGAACCAUCGCUGCUUCUGAUAACAUCGAAGAUGAAUUAAAGGAGCUGGAGGGUAUGAAAUGUAAAGCUCCUCAUGGCAGUACUUGGGGUGGUAUUAGUUAUCACAAUGCUAUGGUAUGUUCUGUUUAUAGAGACAGUGACGAAGAGAUUAAAGAUAUCCAUGACAUUAAGGUUCGAGUUUUCUUUCUCAAUCCGACACACAAAGAAAUGAUUCCAUGUCCGUAUUUUCUCAACGGUAGCUGCAAGUUUUCUGACGAGAAUUGCCAUUAUUGCCAUGGCGAAAUUGUGCCGUUUUCAAGCCUACAGGAGUACAAGGAACCUGAUUUCCGUAACAUUAAAGUAGGAAGUAAAGUGUUAACUAAACAAAAGAACAGUAUGUGGCAUAGAUCCAUUGUUUUAAAAUUGCCUGAAAAGAAUGAAGAUGAAUACAGAGUUAAGUUUGAAUCGAGUGGCAAAAUUGUAGAAGCUGGUUUACAAGAUCUCUUGCUUCUCGAUGACACAAACUUAGAAAUGUCAGAUACAUCUGAUGAUAGCGAUGACGAAGAUGCUAAUAAUAUUAAUAACGAUUUCGAAUUUAAUUCGUGUAUAAAUGAUCAAUUGGUUCACAAAUCUCUUUUGACGUUACAAUCCAAUGAACCUUUAGGAAAUUGGGAAAGACAUACACGUGGCAUUGGUAGCAAAUUAAUGAUGCAAAUGGGUUAUGUAAUUGGUACUGGUCUUGGAAAACAGAGCGAUGGUAGAAUACAACCUGUUGAAGCUCAAGUUUUGCCAGCAGGGAAAUCAUUAGAUCACUGCAUGGAAUUACGUGAAUUUGCUGGCAAUGAUAAAGAUUUGUUUUCCGCGGAACGUAAAAUGCGUAAACAACAACAAAAAUUAGAGCAGCAAAGAGAAAGGCAGUAUCGAAGAGAAAAACAAAAGGAGGAUAGCAAUGUGUUUAAUUUUAUAAAUAAAACUUUAGGUGAUAAACUUAAAGAAGAUGCAGCUAAUAGUUCGCAAAGUAGAGAUAAACUUAGAACAGAAUCCAACAGAAAUCUAAAUGUAGCCAGUUUUCAAAUUGGAGAAAACAUAAAUCGUUUAGAAAAGGAAUCAUCGAAGCUCAAAGAAUCAUUAGCAAAGCAUGCCAAGGGUAGUGUGCUUUAUAAUAACAUUGCGAUGAAGUAUAACGAAAAGCAGAAAGAACUUACUAAUUUAAGGGCUUCUGAGAAAAGUAUCGCUGCCGAACAGGAUCAAAGGAAGAACAAGGCUAAAUUAUCUGUGUUUUGAUAUUUAUAUGAUAGCAUAGGAGAAAUGUAUGUUAUGUAUGUCUGUAUAUAAAGCGAAUCUAAAAUACAUUGUUUUAUUAAUA